AUAAGCAGGAGAGAAACGCCGAAGGAGAGAAGGCGAAGAAGUAGGCGACCAUGUUGGUUUAAAGGAAGAAGAAAUAGAGGCGAUUUAUUUAAAGAAAAAAAUCAGUUAUAAAAACGUGACUAACAAAGAAAGUAGUUGAUCAACCACAAACUGACCAUCUUCUGUAAAAUAAACGAUAAACUAAGGUAGGUUUGCGGUGACAAGUUGGAGUUGUUGGCUGACUUUGAGUAGGUAGCGGGUUGAACACAGCCACACUCACACACUUCACACACGACCUGAAGACCUGUGGUGUCUAGGGACAGAGGAUUGAACAACUGCAGCUGAGAGGAAACGCGCACUGCGGACUUGGAAGGGGUGGAAAGCUGUUUGGCUUUGGACUAGAAAACCCCUUGUAUGACUUGUGAUUUCAGGAUCCUCCUUUUGUUCCCACCUGUGGAACAAGACAGCAAAAAUACAUUCAGAGCAUUACAGACUACAUGAUUUUGGGGGAAAACUUGUACAAAGUUGGACAUCCCUUUUUUUUUUUCAAGAACAGGGAUAUUGAACAGCUCUUAUGGACUCAAAGUGGAAACAUAAAAAUACUCCAACUCUAAAAGUUGAACAAAGAUCAUACUGAAGAAGUUGUUGCCCAGGUUCAGAUAGUCUUAGUUGUUCUAUUUCAGGACUUGAACCGCUUUGAUACUUGUUCACAUAUAAUUUUUCUAUAUUGUGGGCAAGUAUAUUCAUGCAUAUGAAUGCAAAUUUCUCUUCAUUUUGAAGAGCUCUUGUAUAAAAAUUUGUUUUUGUUCUCGUACGUCAGUCACUCUGUUGUUAAAGGGGAUCGAACUGCACGUACAUGUGUAUAUGUAAAUACUACAAAUUUGGACUCAAAGAAUAGAGUAUAUUGUUUGUUAAUACUUUAUUAAACUUUUUUACUUUUGAAGAGAAUUUUUAAAAAGGAAAAACCUCAGAGGCAAAAAUCUAAUACUUUGAAGGAAAAAAAAUACAAGAAGAACAGGAAGAAUGGCAACGGCCAGAACAGAAAAUGUUGGCCCAGUCGUCAUGGGACUGAGUAAGCAGAACGGACAGCUCAGAGGACAGACCAAACCAACUUCAGUCCAGCCUGCAUCCACAACUCAAGGAAAGGCUUUGGGUGCACCCCAGAAAGCAAGCAGUGCCCCUCAGGAUGCAGGAGGCAUCAGGUUUGGAGAUGACUGGAAAAAGAGCCUAAAGCUCCCUCCCAAAGACAACAGGGUCAAAACCUCAGAUGUGACAGCCACUAAGGGCAAUGAAUUUGAAGAUUAUUGUCUCAAACGUGAACUCCUGAUGGGCAUCUUUGAAAUGGGUUGGGAGAAACCGUCCCCUAUCCAGGAGGAGAGCAUUCCCAUUGCCCUGUCUGGACGGGAUAUUCUGGCCCGGGCUAAAAAUGGAACAGGGAAAAGUGGAGCCUAUCUCAUCCCGCUGGUGGAGAGGAUAGACCUGAAAAAGGACCACAUACAGGCCAUUGUUAUGGUACCCACUCGUGAGCUGGCGCUGCAGGUGAGCCAGAUCUGCAUCCAGAUCAGCAAACACCUGGGAGGAGUCAAAGUCAUGGCCACCACCGGGGGCACCAUCCUACGUGAUGACAUCAUGCGCCUGGAUGAGACUGUGCACGUGGUCAUUGCCACACCUGGCAGGAUCCUGGACUUAAUAAAGAAGGGAGUGGCAAAGGUGGAUAAAGUCCAGAUGAUGGUUAUGGAUGAGGCGGAUAAGCUGCUGUCUCAGGACUUUGUGGUGCUCAUUGAGGAUAUCAUUGGCUUCCUGGCCAAGAACAGACAGAUCCUGCUUUAUUCUGCAACCUUCCCCAUCAGUGUGCAGAAGUUCAUGGCCAAGCACCUUCAGAAACCCUACGAGAUAAACCUGAUGGAGGAGCUGACUCUGAAGGGCAUUACUCAGUUCUACGCCUACGUCACUGAGAGGCAGAAAGUCCACUGCCUCAACACACUGUUCUCCAGGCUUCAGAUCAACCAGUCAAUCAUCUUCUGCAACUCCACUCAGAGGGUGGAGCUGUUGGCUAAGAAGAUCACUCAGCUGGGCUAUUCCUGCUUCUAUAUCCACGCUAAGAUGAUGCAGGAAUAUAGAAACCGUGUAUUCCAUGACUUCAGAAACGGACUGUGCAGAAACUUGGUCUGCACUGAUCUCUUCACUAGAGGUAUUGACAUCCAGGCUGUCAAUGUAGUCAUCAACUUCGACUUCCCUAAGAACGCUGAGACUUACCUCCAUCGUAUCGGCAGAUCAGGGAGGUUUGGCCACCUGGGCUUGGCCAUAAACCUCAUCACAUCAGAGGAUCGCUUCAACCUGAAGGCCAUUGAAGACCAGCUGGUCACUGACAUCAAGCCCAUUCCAGGCAGCAUCGACAAGAGCCUCUAUGUGGCAGAGUACCACUCAGUCGGCGCCGACAGUGGCAUGGAGGAGGCCGAAGAAAAACCGGGACGCCAACAGGACAGCACCUAAAGCAGGACGUUAGGAAACACCAGGCCUUUUGCACAGAUGUCAGCGCUUGCACACAGGCUUCAAGCAACGCUUUAGUUUCACAUUUCUCAUGUUUUCAGUCUAGGAAACGGAUAUAAAGGCUGUUUUUAUUUUUAGACCGUUCCUCAGCUUUUCCUGAAAAAGAGCUGCCGCAUUGUUUUAAUUCACUGAAAAGUCAAACUAUUGUUUUGCCCCAAACACAGACUAAACUGUCCUGUGUUCAAGCUUAGAUAAUUUUUACUCUCGAAGAAUGUGUGUGUGUGUGUGUGUGUUAGAGCGUGGUGACUGUUGAAACAAAGACAGCAGAGCCGAUGAGUAUCAAAGCUGUUUUGAACCUGUUGUCCUUAGAGACUCUUAUCAUUGCCAGUCAUUCUGUACACACACACACACACACACUGCUGUUGUCACUUAGUGACAACAGCAGUGUGUGUUGUCCCCACAUGCUCCUACAUGCACUCAUCCAUUCAUAGUUGGCUGCUUCUGCAGCAGAGUACGAGCACAAACAAGAUGAAAUAAAUAACUAUCCAGAUUGUAUUUAAACAUCUGUUAUGCAAGGGAAUAAAACACUCAGACACACUCUCCUGCUGAGAGGUGUCGAAACAACUCGCUCGUUGAGAACAUCCCCGAAUGCUUUUCUUUUAAUGUGAACCAUGCAAUAAAAAGGGCAGCUUUAUUUAAAUACGGCGUGACUGUUUUUCCCCUUUCACUAUGUAUAGUACAUGAGCAGAGUUAUUAUGAGAAGACGGCCUAAAGCCACAAGCCUUCGACUGAUCGAUGUUAGCCUGCAGCCACACAAUCAGCAUGGGAAAUGAAUAGCAGCCACCUGCUGUUGCUGGUUAGUUUUCCUGCAGACAGCUGCUGCUGCUGUUUGGUUUGUUUGCAUAAAAACACAUUUGGGCGGUGGAUACUGUAAAAUCUAUCGACCACAGUAACUAGUUGUUGUUGAUCUAGUGCGACUGAUGCAUUAGAAGGUUUGAAGCAGUUUUGAUAGUGACAUUUACCAUUUCUACACUGACAAGUAAUGGAGUAUCAGUCGGUGCAAGAGAUGAAGGUUCAUAGGGUUUUUGUUGACGUUGGUGCAAAACAAUAGUUUGAAUUGUCUUUUUCUUUUUCCACCCAUACAUUCAGGUUUCUGUUACAGUGUGGAAACAUCAGGUCUGUAAGGCAGUUUUACAAAUCCCAAGGUAACCUUUUCUUUUUAAGCCCCAUCAUGGCAAAAUUGGAGUUUGUGAAUGUGUUAAUGCAGCCCAGUGGUUACCAAGCUCUUUGUGUUGCUGCUCUUGUAUUAGAAAACCACCUUUAGACUAUGCUUUUAUGAAACCGCAUCAAGGGUAUGAAAUUGUUUUAUGGACUGUAGUGUGUUGAAACCUGCUCAGUCUGUCAAAAACCAUAUUGAGCUUCAAUUGAACGACUAAAAUCCAUAAAAGUUCACUUUUCUUUCUUUUCUUUUCUGCAGCAGCAGAGAUGCGAAUUUAUUUUAUUUUUUUUUGUUUGUUCCCCCAGCACAGCUAUGUUUUAUCACUUCACUCUAAAAAUGUAUUAUCUUUUGUAAGGGGUGGACUGUUUUUGAAAGCAAAAUUGUAGCAUCUUUAAACAGGCAGCUGUGACUUUUCUUUUUUGUCCUCCCCUUACAGAGCAUCACUGAUUCAAAAUGAAAAAAAGUAUUUUUGCUUUUUAAGAUUUAUUUUGAUGUUGCUUAAAGCAGUUUGGGGGAGGGCACUGUGAGGCUUUGGCACUGGGUAAUUUCUGGAGCUUUUUUUGGGGUGGGUUUGCAGAAGCCAGGUGUUUUAUCAGACGCUCUUUAGGCGUCUUGAAUCUUUCCUUCCCUCUGGUACUUAAAGCAAAUACAGAAGUUGUUUUUCCCUCAGAAGUAAACAGAACACCUUGUGCGCUGCUUGUUUUAAAUACCAGAGAGUGCCAAGUUGUACAGCAGAGAGUUUCAGGAGAGUGAAGCACUGUGAUCCUCUUGAACCUGUUCCGCAUUUAUGUGAUGGAUGAUCGAAGUGCUGUGAUUCCCCCCCAACUUAACCUGUUUUCGACUAGGGCAAUCUUCAUACGAGGUGUUGUGAAUCAUUUUGAGGAAACAAAAUUGUAAAUGAUUCAUUGUUUACAAUUAGGGACAAAAGAAAACGCUUUGCUUCAUGGCAGAGGGAGAAGUUAGUUUCCUUUUGUUUUCUUUGAAAGAGAUUUUCAGGACUUACACUGAAGCAAAACCAAAAAAGUGGGAUGUCAAAUGAGUGUGUGAGACAUUCAGGUGUGUGUGUGUGCUGUUUAACUUGCAGGCAACUGUCUAAACAAGGUGUGUAAAAUGUGUUUGCAGCCAUAACAGGCUGUUUUGUUUUGUAUCAUUAUGUUUAGAUGCAAGCUUCAACUAAACCAUUUCUGAAUUCACAGUUUGUCCCUGGGAACAUCACUUUGAGCAGAACUGCAGCCAACAUGGUUCCUUAUGUGCACAACUGUUAAUUUGGAAUAAGUGUUUGAAGCUGCAUGUAAGCAUAACAGGUUUUCAUGUGCAGACUCAUCUUGGUUUGUUUUUUUUGGGGGGUGGGAGACAAUGUUGUCUUAAAUAGAAUGGAUGUUUACAGCUGUCAGGGACAUGAUCACUCUCCCACCCCCUUCAUCCAGGAGUUUGUAGACAAAAAUCACUCAACCCAAAAUUUCUCUGUUGAUAAAUUUUCCACUUUUUUUUUUUUUCUUCUGCCUGAUGUUUUUUGUUCUUGAUCACGUCCCUGACAGUCAUUCCAUGAUCUCUUUUGUGACCCCCCACACAACAGAGAUUAGAUGUAGCUGAACCUGUCGAGGCUCUUGGCUGGUGUCAGCAGCUGUUUAUCAGAUGUCAUCACUGACAUUUGCCUGGCGUUGUCUCCCGGCGCGCACAAAGGAAAAACUGCCCUUUAUUACAGUUACAGCAGUGUUUCUUCUGUAUGGAUAGAAAAGAUGUUACAACUUCUAAUUGGCUCUUGAAUCUCUGUGGUUGGAAUGUAGGUGAGGCUAAAUUGCAUCAGUAUUUCGCUACAACAUGGAUAGAAAGGAGUUGAAAUCCAGUGUCUGAAUUGGCUCAGAAAAUGUUGGUUCAGUUUGCUCCUCUUAUGUAAGAAUUCGGUUUUCUUUUCAAAAACUGCUCCUGGAGUCAGUUUCUUGGGUUCACUCUGUUUCUCAUACAAAUUUCACUGUCACAUUAAAGUGAGUUGCAUUAUUUUGGACUUGAAAUCCAAUAAACUAAAACAAGAUUUCCUGUUUUGGAAUCGGUAAUUUUGUCCCAUUUUUUUAAAAAUCACAGAUUUAAAACCUCAAUUCUGAUUUGUUGGUACUGCAACAAUGUCACUAUUACAUUUUCUUUUUGUCUGUUAUAAAAAAAUACAUUGAAAAUACACAAGGUAUUUCAGUGACUUGUGUUGAUCACUUUGUCCUCAACUGUUGUAACAUGGAAAUACAUGCAGGGGCUCUGAAAUUGAAUAAAUUGAACAGAAAUUCA